AUCGUCCUUGUCAUGGUAUUUAUCGUGGCUGUGAUAAUCUACAGACUGCUCAUAAUGGUCCCAUUGUUCAAAAACAAAUUGUUGCGUGCGAACGCCGGAAUAUAUGCAAGCAUGUCUGGCGCUCUUGUCAACCUGGUUGUCAUCAUGUGUCUGGGAAAAGUUUAUGAGAAACUGGCUCAGAAAAUGACAGAAUGG